AUGGAAGGUUUCAAUCUUAUUCUUCUUAGACAUGUCGAUAGGGAAGCAAAUGGUGUAGCUCACAGACUAGCGCACCUUGCUAGUACAUCUAGUUCGGAUGAGUUUUGGGUGGAGGAAACUCCUGAUAUUAUUCACGACGUACUUAUUGAGGAUGAUUACAAAGUUGCUAGCAAUGCUGGAUUCAAUGUUGUGGUUCCAGACUUCUUUUAUGGAGAUCCAUACAAUCCUAACAACACUCAGAGGAAUAUGACAGACUGGCUAAGGGACCAUGGACCAGACAAAGGCUUUGAAGAUGCUAAACGUGUAAUUGCUGCUCUAAAGAAAAAAGGGGUAUCCUGGAUAGGAGCUGCAGGGUUCUGUUGGGGCGGCAAAGUAGUUGCGGAGCUAUCAAAGGGUUAUUACACCGAGGCUGCAGUUUUGUUACACCCUUCCCGUGUCACUCUUGAUGAUAUUAAAGAGAUUAAGACUCCAAUAGCCAUAUUGGCUGCUCAAUUUGACAACAGCACUGCACCUGAACUGGUGAAACAGUUUAAGGAGAUUUUAUCCACUAAUAAGGUUGAUAACUUUGUGAAAAUAUUUCCUGGUGUUUCGCAUGGAUGGACUGUCAGGUAUAAAGAUGACAAUGUGACCGCUGUCAAAAGCGCUAAUGAAGCUCAUCAAGAUAUGUUGGACUGGUUUAUUAAGUAUGUUCAAAAAACAUAAUUCUGUGAACUAUGAAAUGUCCUCCAUCAAUUACAUUUACAAAGUAUUGUUGCAUCUUAGAAUCAGUUCUCAAUAAAGAAUGGUUAGCAGGAAAAGUAGUAGGAACGUUUGCAAUUUUUAAGCUGUU